AUGCCUCAUUAUUCAUCUGAAAAUGGAUUUAAUUUUCAAUAUCAACAGCACUGUAAAAAUAAAUCUCCUGCCGUUCCUGAACUUGAUAGUUUUUUAAACGAAGUUCUGGAUAAUUUCCAAAAUCAAUUUGAAUAUUUAAACCACAAAACAAAAUCAGAGAAAGUGAGCACAGAUUGCAAUUUAUGCAAAGAAAGUCAACAACUUUUAAAGUUUAUCGAGACGAAUGAAAAUCUUGAUUUUUCAAGCGUAACUUUGAGCUUUAGAGAUUUCAAGAAACGUUACAAUGCUAAUUACCGAUCAUUUCAAUCUCAUGUUCAAAUUAAUGAUAAAUUACACGCCUUAAAAUUCGGUGUUAGAUAUAAUUUUCUGCUGAUUAUUAAUAAUAAAAGAUACUUGCGUAGAUAG